CACAUUAUGCGAGACACAAGUCUGUAUUUUCCCACUGAGCGAGCAUCGCGGGCCGGAUAAUGACCGUCGUCUUGAAUCUUGAACCAGUGUGACCGCUUCUGCAGACGUCACACGACCGUUGUCCUCAAACGCACUCACUCCCUCCUCGCGGCCAGCUGUCCCCAGGGCUGAAGCCUCAGCCCACAACCUUUCGACGAAUUUUAAAAAUAAAGUGAUCAGUGAUGUCACGACUGGAUGCCAUAUAGUUCCGAUUAUCUCCGAUGUAUCAAACUAGUCAUUUUCGUGUGUGCCAUGUGGAUGUGUGGUCAAUCUUUGCGAAUUACUUGUAUAGUGUAUAAAGGUGAAUAUGUCGCGAAAAGCCCUAUUUGCUUAUUGUGUGCUGCUGUUAUCAACAACGACAUGCUUGGCGCUGUACGUGGGUGAGAGCUGCUUCAGCGAGUCUUGCGAGGGCUCCUGUCAGCUGCUGUCGCGAUGUGCUCCCCUGAUGGACGAGAUCCGCCAGGCCGGCUCGCCCAUCCCGCGCGCGCUCAGCCGCCGGCUCAACGCGCUCAACUGCGGCUUCGAUGAUAAUCAGCCCAAGGUAUGCUGCGCAGCUCCUUUAACAAAUGCCAACAAUCCAAGUUCCGUUUUCGAUAAAGAGCACAUGGCCGACGAUCCAUUUACCUUCAACAAGGAACCAACUACUGGCCACCAUGGACACAGGCCUGUGUGGGGCAACCCUACUUAUGAAGAUGGGAAUGCUUGGAACAAUGAUAAUAACAGGAAACCCUCAUGGGAAUCCAGCGGUGAUGGUAUUAAUAAACAUGGAUCUUCUUCACACAAUAGUGGAAACCAUAACAAUGAUGAUGAAGAUCAAGGUAGCUCUUCCGGUGCCCCGAGAGACGACCCGUCAGGGCCACCCGAUGUCAGUGGACAUAGGAAUUUAAAACUUUUACCAGAACACUGCGGAGAAAUCGACGAGGACAGAAUUAUUGGCGGAAAUCGCACACACUUGUUCGAAAUGCCAUGGAUGGUGCUGCUUUCUUAUGAUUCUCCUCGAGGCAGGAAGCUGAGCUGCGGUGGUACCCUCAUAUCCAAGUGGUAUGUUCUGACGGCGGCGCAUUGCGUGACGUCACUCGGGUCUAAGUUGACGUUAUCAGGAGUGGUGCUGGGAGAGUAUGACAUCCGGACUGACCCUGACUGCGAGAGGGAGCAGGGUGACCUGAUAUGUGCACCUAAUGCCAAAAACGUGACAAUAGAGACGGUGAUAGCGCACACCGGGUACAGUCCCUCCACCCUGGUAGACGACAUCGCGCUAUUACGACUUUCUGAACCUGCAGACUUUUCCCAACUGAACAUGAUGCCGAUCUGUCUGCCAGUCACCCCCGAGCUGCAGGCGCAGAACCUGGUGGGGUCCCGGACCGUGGUGGCGGGCUGGGGCUCCACGGAGGACGGGCUGCUGCAGUCUCCAGUACUGCUGAAGGUCAAGGUGCCCGUCAUCAGCAAUGAAGACUGCCGCGCUUACUUUAAAAAACACCCAAAGAUCUACGACCGUCAGAUCUGCGCCGGCGGUCUAGACAACAAGGACUCGUGCGGGGGCGAUUCCGGGGGCCCCCUCCUAUACCCCGGGGUGCUGGGGUCCAGUGGGGUGAAGCACAUCCAGCGAGGCAUCGUGUCGUUCGGCUCCAAGAAGUGCGGGGUGGCCGGCUACCCCGCCAUCUACACCAGGGUAGCCUACUACAUGGACUGGAUACUUGAUAAUAUAACUGAUUGAAUUUAUAAGUG